AUGUAGUGCACUUAUCACAUUUAAAAUCCCAUUACUUUAAUAUGUAUAGCCCCUCACAAGUGUUAAAGAAAAUUGUGUAUUGAUUGCCAAUAAGACCAUGGGGUUGAAAUUAAACAAACAGUCUCAAUUAAGAAAUUUAAAGAAAUGGCUAUCGUGAAAUUCUAAGAAUUUAAGGUUGAUUUGACACCUGAUUUAAUCAAAUAAAGAAUGGCUUUUAAAUCUCUGGUCUCUUAAACCGAAAAAAUGCUAAAUUAAAUUUGGGAAUAAUUGUAGGAGUCGAUCAAGUAAACUUAUGAUUGGAUUGAAGAGUAGAAUGAAUCAUAUAUUAAUCUUAUUAAUGAAAAUACUAAUAUAGCAGAAUCCUCCUAUGCUUAAAUAGAAAAAUUAAUUACCAUUGUAGAAGGAAAAAAAUUAAUUGAUUGGAACACUUAAAAAAAGGCUUUUAUCGAAAUUUCAAAUGAAGGAAUGAAGAAGAUUUAGUCAUUAAUAAUUAAGUAAGAGAUUAAAUCAAUUUUUAGGAUUUAAUCGAGUUAAUAUCCAAUUAAAUAGAAAAGGUAAGAGAAGCUUUAUGAUAUAUUAGCCUUGAUUUAAGAUGUUGAUAUAGAAAAAUCAAUAUUAAAACUUAUUUUUAAUAGAAAGAGUGAAGAGAAAAUUUUUGAUAUUUUAGAAUUUCUAUCAAAGCCAAAAAAUUUAUAGAUUUACGAAUCUUUUAACAAUAGUAAUUAGUACAACUUUAAGGAUCCUAAAAAUAAUAAUAUCAACCUAUCUCAUCUUUUAAGAAAUAUUUUAGAUCAUUCCUUUAGUAAAAACGAUUAUAGCACAGAAACAUAUAAAAAAGAAAGAUUAAAUCUUAUCAAGAAGAUAGCAGGAAAUAGAAAGAUAAUUGAUUUUCUUAAAUUAUUAGUUCAUCUUACUAGUAUUGAUGAUAAAUUUAUUUAAAGUGGAUCUAAUGCACUAAAUUUAUUGAUCUAGAUUUAAGAAGAUCUUAGUAACCAAAGCUUUGAAGAUAUCAGAAUACGGAAUACUAGUUUGGUUGGUGCUAAUUUUGUAAGAUGUAACUUUAGUAGAUCUGAAUUCGAGAAUGUGGACAUUAGUGGUGUGAAUUUUAAUGGAGCACUACUCUUUAAUUGUAAUUGGAAGAACAUUAAGAUUCAUGAAUUAAACGAGUUGAAUGGUCAUAGAGAUGUUGUACACUAAGUAUGCUUCUCACCAUGUGGAGCUACCUUAGCAUCUGGUAGCAAGGAUAAGUCAAUCAGAUUAUGGGAUGUUAAAACUGGAUAAUAAAAAGCCAAAUUAGAUGGUCAUAGUAAUUUAGUAUUAUCAGUAUGCUUCUCACCAGAUGGAACUACUUUAGCAUCUGGUAGUAAUGAUAACUCAAUCAGAUUAUGGGAUGUUAAAACAGGAUAAUAAAAAGCCAAAUUAGAUGGUCAUAGUAGUUCUGUAUAAUCAGUAUGCUUCUCACCAGAUGGAACUACUUUAGCAUCUGGUAGUGAUGAUAACUCAAUCAGAUUAUGGGAUGUUAAAACAGGAUAAUAAAAAGCCAAAUUAGAUGGUCAUAGUAAUUAUGUAUAUUCAGUAUGCUUCUCACCAGAUGGAACUACUUUAGCAUCUGGUAGUGAUGAUAACUCAAUCAGAUUAUGGGAUGUUAAAACAGGAUAAUAAAAAGCCAAAUUAGAUGGUCAUAGUAAUUCUGUAUAUUCAGUAUGCUUCUCACCAGAUGGAACUACUUUAGCAUCUGGUAGUGAUGAUAAGUCAAUCAGAUUAUGGGAUGUUAAAACAGGAUAAUAAAAAGCCAAAUUAGAUGGUCAUAGUAAUUCUGUAUAUUCAGUAUGCUUCUCACCAGAUGGAACUACUUUAGCAUCUGGUAGUGAUGAUAAGUCAAUCAGAUUAUGGGAUGUUAAAACAGGAUAAUAAAAAGCCAAAUUAGAUGGUCAUAGUAAUUCUGUAUAUUCAGUAUGCUUCUCACCAGAUGGAACUACUUUAGCAUCUGGUAGUGAUGAUAAGUCAAUCAGAUUAUGGGAUGUUAAAACAGGAUAAUAAAAAGCCAAAUUAGAUGGUCAUAGUAAUUCUGUAUAUUCAGUAUGCUUCUCACCAGAUGGAACUACUUUAGCAUCUGGUAGUGAUGAUAAGUCAAUCAGAUUAUGGGAUGUUAAAACAGGAUAAUAAAAAGCCAAAUUAGAUGGUCAUAGUAAUUCUGUAUAUUCAGUAUGCUUCUCACCAGAUGGAACUACUUUAGCAUCUGGUAGUGAUGAUAAGUCAAUCAGAUUAUGGGAUGUUAAAACAGGAUAAUAAAAAGCCAAAUUAGAUGGUCAUAGUAAUUCUGUAUAUUCAGUAUGCUUCUCACCAGAUGGAACUACUUUAGCAUCUGGUAGUAAUGAUAAGUCAAUCAGAUUAUGGGAUGUUAAAACAGGAUAAUAAAAAGCCAAAUUAGAUGGUCAUACUAGUUAUGUAUUUUCAGUAUGCUUCUCGCCAAACGGAGCUACUUUAGCAUCGAUAAGUCAAUCAGAUUAUGGGAUGUUAAAACUGGAUAAUAAAAAGCCAAAUUAGAUGGUCAUACUAGUGAUGUCAACUCAGUAUGCUUUUCACCAGAUGGAACUACUUUAGCAUCUGGUAGUAACGAUAAGUCAAUCAGAUUAUGGGAUGUCAAAACAGGAUAAUAAAAAGCCAAAUUAGAUGGUCAUACUAGUACUGUCCAUUAAGUAUGCUUCUCAAUAAAUGGAACUACUUUAGUAUCUGGUAGUGGUAGUGGAGUUUCUUUUAUUAAGGGAGAUAACUCAAUAAGAUUAUGGAAUGUUAAAACUGGAUAAUAAAAAGCCAAAUUAGACGGUCAUAGUGGUCGUGUGUCAUCAAUAUGCUUCUCACCAGAUGGGACUAAUUUAGCAUCUAGUAGUUGGGAUUUGUCAAUCAGAUUAUGGGAUGUUAAAACAGGAUAAUAAAAAGCCCAAUUAGAUGGUCAUUCUAAUUGUAUAAACUCAGUAUGCUUCUCACCUGAUGGAACUACUUUAGCAUCUGGUAGUAGUGAUAACUCAAUACGAUUAUGGAAUGUUAAGACUGGAUAAUAAAAAGCCAAAUUGGAUGGUCAUACUAAUUAUGUCAAAUCAGUAUGCUUCUCACCAGAUGGAACUACUUUAGCAUCUUGUAGUGAUGAUAACUCAAUCAGAUUAUGGGAUGUUAAAACUGGCUAAUUUAUUUUGCCUUCAGAUAAAAAAUAUUAAGAUCUUUUAGUUUAAUUUAUAUAACCCUUAUAUUAAAAUAUUUAUAUUGCAGAUGGUACCAAUUAUUAUUAUAUUUUUAGCAAAUUCUCAUAUUAAUAUUCUAUUAAUAUCUUAAUAAGCUAUAUUUUAAGCAAGAGGUGCUCUAAUUUUAUAAGGAUAUUUUGCAAAUCAAUCAGGAAUAGAUUUAAAAUUAUUAUUCAAAUAAAAAGGAAGUAUAUUUUUAGAGAGUAAUCUGA